UCCUCAGUUAGCGGGACGAUGCCAUCUUCCCAGUGGGAAAAUCAGUCAUCUCUUCCCGAUUUUCAGAGUUGCACAAUAUACACACCAUCAGUAACAUCCGAGAACACAGAAAUUUGGGAGCCGACGGCAGCCCCUCGACCGCCGCAAAGUUCUAGACUAGUCGCUGGAAAGUCUUACAUCAUUCAAUCGGUUCUGAGCGGCCAGGUCAUAACAUUCUGGAACGGGAAGGUAGUCUUGGUUCCCUGGAGCGGCCAAGCGACACAGCACAUAACCCGUUGGCAAUGUGUCGAUGAUGGCGGUUGGUUCGGAUUCCGAGAUCCGAUAUCUUAUGGGCUGAUGGCCUUCAGCGGAAGCCAUAUUUGCUGUAGGGAACAAAACCAAGAAUCAGAGACAACAAAAUUCCAUGUCAGAGAGGUGGGAGACCGGACAUAUCAUCUGCUCAUGCCCUGGAGAGUUUCUUACAGCUACUCAUCUUUAAAUCUCCGCCCAAUCGGUCAAUCAUUGAGUGGCAAUACGGUUGAAUUACGACUGGUGGAGCGCAGUUCCAGCGCACUCGAAUGGAGAUUCAUCGAAGUUGACCCUCUCGUUCCAAGCAACUCUCUUGUCGUCCCGAGCAACUCUUUCGUUGUUCCGAUCGUCUAUGCUUGUUGGUCGUUUUUUGUACCUCUUAUUUUAAGUUUCAUUGUUUUUAUGCUUUUAUUCGAGGGAUCAUCCACCGAAUUAUUGAGACCACAGCACAAUGUGUAUUGGAACCCGAGAAACCCGUACGUAUAUAGAUAUUACAGAUAG